AUGACAAAUUGGCCAGCAGUCUUUGUUCAAAAUGAUACAUACAUUCAGAUAGUGACUUCAUUAUUUCUUAAGAGGAAGGGAGAUUCUUUAGUGUUUGUUGCCAUAUAUGUAAAUGAUAUGAUCAUAACUGGAACUGAUUUGGAGAAAAUCAACUCUUUGAAAUUCUUUUUGCAUGAUCAGUUUAAGAUAAAGGAUCUAGGUAGACUGCACUACUUCUCGGGGGUUAGAAAUAUUGUACAAGCUGAUGGAGUUCUCAUUUCACAAAGGAAGUUCACCACUGACCUCUUGAAAGAGUUUGAUUCUUUUAACUGUAAAGUUGCAACCUCACCACUUGAUUAUACUGAGAAGUUAAAGGCCACAGAUAGGGAACUAUUGUCAGAUCCUACCCAUUACAGGAAGUUGAUAGGGAAACUUAACUUUCUUACAAAUACUAGGAUGGAUAUCUUAUAG